AAGUACCUGGCGUCGUGCGCCGAUGACCGCACGGUCCGGCUGUGGAGCACCCGGGAUUUUGCGGGACGUGAGCAUCGCUGUCUGCGCGCCAAUGUGGGGCUGGACCACGCCGAGCUCGUCCGCCUCAGCCCCGACUCACGGGCAUUCAUUGUUUGGCUGGCGAAUGGCGAGACUAUUCGUGUCUAUAAAAUGACUAAGAAGGAUGAUGGCAGCUUCACCUUCACUGCAGCUUCUGGGGACUUCCCAAAGAAGCACAAGGCUCCUGUCAUUAACAUAGGAAUUGCAGAGACAGGAAAGUUUAUUAUGACAGCUUCCAGUGACACUACCAUCCUGAUCUGGAGCCCGAAGGGUGAAGUCCUGGCCAGCAUUAACACCAACCAGAUGAACAAUGCCUAUGCCAUGGUGUCGCCCUGUGGGAGGUUUGUGGCAUCCUGUGGCUUUACCCCUGACGUGAAGGUGUGGGAGGUGUGUUUUGGAAAGAACGGAGACUUCCGGGAGGUGGCCAGGGCUUUUGAGCUGAAAGGCCACAGUGCUGGCGUUCUUUGCUUCUCCUUCUCCAACGACUCGAGGAGGAUGGCGACUGUUUCAAAGGAUGGGACGUGGAAGUUCUGGGACACGGACGUGGAAUAUAAGAAGCAGCAGGAUCCAUACCUGCUUCUGACGGGGAAGUGCAAGGUCACAGAGCCUUGCCGCAUCGCCCUGUCCCCUGAUGCUCGUGUUGUUGCCAUCUCCAGUGGUGCAGACAUUGUUGUGUACAACACAAGGAGAGGAGAGGAGGAGGAGCGCUUCCCUGCUGUGCACGAGCAGUGCAUAACAGACUUGGCGUUUGACACCAGCAACCGCUACCUGGUGUCGUGUGGGGACCGGGCCAUCCGCGUCUUCCACAACACUGCUGGUCACAGAGCCGUGGUGGAGGAGAUGGAAACGAUGCUGAAAAAGACUGGGAACAAAGCCACCCGGGAGAGGCUGGAGCAGCAGAUCUCCAGUGCCCGCAAAGCGCUGGCCGCGAUCUAUGGCAAGAAACACUGA